AAUGCCUGUCGACUCGCCUCGAAAGAACGUGAUAAUCACGAGACGAUGAGGCUUCUGAGGCCCCCUAUAUGCGCGCCAGAUACGGCAGGCUGCAGACAAAGAAUCAAAAUAUUGCUCCUCUCCCUGAUAGUUUCGUGCCAACACCCUCGACACAGAUCUAGGCCGACUGAUGCCUCUUUCCAAGCAUUUCAUUCGCCAUCAUGGCCAGUUCGGAACAGUCCGCCUCGAGGGAGGCUCUGGUGAUCGUGGGCUAUGUCGUACCGAUGGCCGGGAUGCUAUUGACCACGGGAAUGAGGUUGCUGGUCAAAAUUCGAGGUCACGAUGAUAGUUUCCAUAUGGAUGACUACCUGAUAAUGCUUGCAACAACAUUGGAAGUGGCAUACUCAGUGACAAUGAUGGCGUGUGGUUUGGGUCAUGGAUUUGGCAAACAUACCUCCACCGUCGCAGAGAAGGAUCUGGAAAUCUUCUUGAAGGGUGAGUAUGUUGCUAGUCACCUCUACAACGUCGGUCUCGCUUCGACCAAGCUUGGCAUCCUCGCCCUAUACUACCGCAUUUUCCCUGUGCAAUGGUUAUCAAGAACAGUGAUAGGAUGCGCGGUUUUCAUUUGCCUUUGGAUAACAACUAUUGAAAUCUUCAUGGGAGUGCUCUGUCGUCCGCUAGCUGCAUUCUGGAACCCGUCUGUGAAGGGUCACUGCUUUAAUUCUUCGGCCCUCUCAUACUACAUCAACUGCUCUAACAUGGUCACGAACAUAUUCAUCUUCGCCUUACCAAUCCCCGUCAUCCUCCGGCUCCGCACGAUCCUCACCAAAAAGAUUGCAUUGUGCAUUAUAUUCUCCAUCGGUUUCAUCACAUGCGCCAUCAGUGCAGCCAGACUAGCUUAUGUCUUUGCGCAGAACUCUAGUGACAUCACCUGGGAGGGUGUCCCCUUGGCUGUUCUAUCCGCUUUCGAAUCCUUUGGAGGUAUUCUCUGCGCUAACCUCCCGAUCAUUUACCGGCUCUUCCGCUCAGCCGCUCAGAAGAUGACCAGCCGUACUGGCAAUAGCUCGUCCGCCCCCAAGACACCUCACCGACAGUACGGAUACGGAUCGAACAUGUACGGCUCAAAGAGUGUUGGCCGAAGACCCCGCGGUGUCAGUGCGGCUGAUGAUGAACAAUGGAUCCGGCUACCGAAUGGCAACCUGUCCCACGGAACAACUCAUGAGACUGGGAAUACAAUUGUGAUCCAAGUACACGAAGGCUCUCACCCGGAGGAGAGUGAAGAUGCCUCGCCUUUAAUGUACCAUGCGGUUUAUCUUCACUUCGUGAAGAUCGUAGUCAUGCCCAUGUGA